AUGGAUGCGGAGAAGCAACGUGUGGCGGUGUAUCGAUGUUUGAUCUAUGCCGCCAUCGGAUAUUCCGUUAUUCCACUUUUGUCAAUUUGCGUGAAUAUUCCUAUGGUCUACCACUAUAUUCAUUAUGUGAAGAAUAUAACGGAUAAUGACAUUAAAUAUUGUAAGGAUUCUGCGAAAGACAUCCGAGUCGAAGCCAUCCACGUGAAAAAUAUCUCCGAUUCAAAUAGAGUUGUACGAGAAACUAAACAACCCUGCAACAACUGUUGCACUCCUGGAGACCCCGGUCCUCAAGGACCACCUGGCAGGCCAGGUAUACCGGGGAAACCGGGCAUACCUGGAAUACCAGGAGCUCCCGGCAGACCGAGUAGUAUCUCGUGCGACCCGUUCACACCUCCACCUUGUGCGUGUCCAGCUGGCAUGCCAGGGAACCCAGGAGUGAAAGGCCAACCUGGAUAUCCAGGUGUACCGGGAAAGCCAGGAAUUUUAGGAGGACCACUAGCAGUGGGACCUCCAGGACCAAAGGGACCUCCAGGUUAUCCUGGGCGCCCUGGGACUCCUGGACCACCUGGAGAACCGGGAAAAUCUGCGAGUGGAGAAAUACAACGUGGAGCCCCUGGACUUCCAGGACCAGUUGGUCCUGUCGGACCUCCAGGACCUCCAGGACAAGAUGCAUCAGCAGUAACUUCAGCAAUUCCAGGACCGCCUGGCCCGAAAGGACCGCCAGGAUCUAUGGGACCGCCUGGUCUCCCAGGAAAUCCCGGCAUGGACGGCUUGCCAGGAGCGCCCGGUGCUGCAGGUGCUCUAGGAGUCUGUCCCAAGUACUGUGCGCUGGAUGGGGGUAUAUUCUUCGAGGAUGGAAGUCGCCGCUAA